UGCGGUCCCACAAGCGCGCGGUCUUUGAUACUGUAAGGGCCCCUUUCCUGAACUUCCCGGCCUCCGCACAUCUGCAAUCGGUGCCCGUUUCUACCUGCACGUAGUUUGCAGCACAGCACAACCAACCACCAUCUCCACCUCCGCACCCUCCAAGUCCUGCCCAACCAUGCCCACCUCCGCCAUCCUCCAGGAGCUAGGUCUAACCACUAUCCUCCAUGCCGCGCGCGACAUCCACCUCCUCCUCCUGUCCAAAUUCCUGCGCAUGUUCGCAUACGGCGCCUCGACGCUGAUCCUCGCGGUCUACUUCUCAGCCCUCGGGCAUUCGGACGAGAAGAUCGGGCUGUUCAUGACGCUGACAUUGCUCGGGGAUGUGAUCAUCAGCUUGUUUCUGACGGUGGUGGCGGAUAGCUUGGGCCGGCGGCGGAUAUUGGUGCUGUCGUGUGGGUUGAUGAUGGUUUCCGGGGUCGUGUUUGCGCUCACGGACAACUACUACAUUCUGUUGGUGGCGGCUAUCGUUGGGGUGAUUUCGCCCUCCGGGAAUGAGAUCGGCCCGUUCCGCGCCGUCGAGGAAUCGACGCUCGCGCAUCUCUCGUCCCCCGCGACGCGGUCGGAUGUGUUUGCGUGGUAUGUCGUGGUGGGGACGCUCGGGGCGGCGGGCGGGUCGUUGGGGGCCGGGUGGGUGGUGCAGGUGUUGGGGGAGAGGGAGGGGUGGACGGGUGUGGAGGCGUAUCGGGCGGUGUUUUGGGGGUAUGCGGUGGUGGGGUUUGUGAAGGGGUGUGUGGCGAUGGGGUUGGGGGAGGGGUGUGAGCCGGCGAGGGUGCCGGAGGUGGAUGAGGAGAGGAGACCGCUUUUGGGCGAUGGGGCGGCGACGAUGGGGCCGACGACAACAUCCCCAGCAGCGACCACACCCACCAGCAAUCCACCACCACCGGACCGAAAAGGCAUCUUUUCCCACCUCUCCCCCGCCACCCUCACCCUCCUCCUCAAAAUCAGCCUCAUCUUCUCCAUCGACUCCCUCGCCUCCGGCAUGGUCCCCACCUCGCUCGUCGCCUACUUCCUCGACACCAAAUUCCAACUCCCAAAGUCCCAACUCGGCUCCAUCCUCUCCACGGCCUCCUUCACCGCCUCCCUCGGCAACAUCGCGGCGUCCAGCAUCUCCAAACGCAUCGGGCUGGUGCCCACGAUGGUGUUCACCCACCUCCCGUCAGCCAUCUUCCUAGCCCUGUUCCCCUUCCCAUCCUCGAUCGCGGUGACGCUCGUGUUCCUGUUCGCCCGCGCCUCCCUCGCGUCCAUGGACCAGGCCCCGCGCACAACCUUCCUGUCGAUCAUCAUCCUCCCCGCGGAACGCACGGCCGUGAUGGGCAUCGUGAACACGGUCAAGACGUGUGCGCAGAGCGGCGGGCCGGUCAUUACCGGUUACCUGGCGGCGAAUGGCCGGUUUUGGGUCGCGUUUGUGGUGGCGGGCGUGUUGAAGGCUAGUUAUGAUUUGGGGAUGUUGGGCAUGUUUUUGGGGGUUAAGGGGAGGGAGGAGGAGGUGGUUCGGGAGACGAGUGGGGAGACGGUGGGGGAGGAGGAGGAGGAAGAGGUAAGGGUUGAGGUUGAUGUUGAUGGUGAUGCGGGGGUGGAGAGGAGGGCGGAGUGAAGGGAUGGAGCGAGGAUGGGACCCUGCAUUAGAUAUGGAUAUGCUACGGCAAUCAGCGGACUUUUGUAUAGAUCCAAGUAUACGUAAAUAGGUUGUGCGACGGUGUUAACAGCGGAGCAGACUUGGAGCCCCAUCUGUAACAUGCUCAACACUGAUCAUUCGUAGUCCACCAUUAAAGUACGUCGCUCUUCCAUCAGCAGACUCCGCAGAGUCCAUCGCGAUGCCUAUCCGUCACAAUCUGCGGAGCCCCAACACAGACAGCCUUCCGUGC